AUGGGAUGCUUUGCAUCAAGGCCGAAGGACACUGGUGGAAACAGAAGAAAGCCAACGAGCAUCGGGGACGUUUCAGUUUAUGUACCUGGUUUAAGGAUACCCAAGCACGUGGAGUUUUCUCAGUCACUGGACUAUGAGCUUAUCAGUGAUCAAUUGCCCAAGACUCUAGUGGAACGCUUGACAGCUUUAAGAACACGAAUAGUUGUGAUGGCUAAUCAAGAAGGGCCAACGAUUACAAGAACUAGGAGAAAGACACAACAUGGAGGUUCAACACUCGCAGAUCUCCAUCAAGCUUUGGAAGAUUAUCUACCUGUUCUCUUAGGAUUAACUAAAGAUGGUAGCCAUCUACAAUUCAAAGUACCAUUUAAUUGGGUUAAUCAGGAUGAUGAGGAAGAGGAAACAGCUAUGUCAAACGUUUGGUAUGAAAUAUUGUCGGUUUUGCAUCUAAUGGCAAUGCUACAAAUGUCACAAGCCAAUUUACUGCUUCUUCCCAAAGAUUCCAGUGAUGGUUAUCAUCCAAAAGUUUCGGAAGGUAAAACGUGCAAAUUGCUUAAAAGGAAAGUGCUAAACUUGCAAAUUACAAGUCUUAUUGAGGACUAA